GAAAAAAAAAAUAUAAAAAAAAAUAAAAAAUGUUUAGUGCGCGGAAACUAAAAAAAGUUUGGAAUCCAAUUUAAUACAAAUUUAUCUACAAUUAUUUAACUAAUUCAAUAAUUGUUUAGUUGAGUUAAAUAACUACCUAAAUUGUGUUUCGUUUAUUUUAAGUGUCACAUUUGUUGCAGCGGUUACACAAUACACAAUUCGAAUGUUAUUUGAGCGGUUUUUAAAUUAAACAUCAACUGUUUUCAUUUCAUUGUGAUUACAAUACACAAUUCGAAUGUUAUUUGAGCGGUUUUUAAAUUAAACAUCAACUGUUUUCAUUGAACGUUCCGCCACGCCCGCCAUUAGCAAUUUAUUUUCAAGAAAACAUUCAAAAAACAAAAAAUGAGCCUCAAAAAUAAGAUGGUUAGUUUCUACUGCCGCCAUAGGCCCUCAAAAAGCCACAUGGCUAUUGCCACCGCCUUUAUUCCUUCGGCCGGAUAUUUCGGACUGGCUAGCCUGUUGGCUUUGGUUUACUACACCGAUUGGAAGGCAAUUGCCGGUUAUAUUCCACUCUACAACACGAAAUUCCCCAAACCCGAGGGAAAGGAUUCAAAGUAAAAAGGAAUAUUCCACAUUUACUUAUACACAAAAAAAACUGUCAUGGACGACCGUCUUCGUUCGUGACUGGAAACAAAUCAAAUCCAAUCACACACACACACACACACACACACACACACACACAAGCUCACAAAUGUUCAAUUCUACUCAAUACCUAUUCAAAUGUUUAUUUUAACCUUUAAAAAACACAACCGAAUGGCAAAAAAUUUUUUGCCAUCUCCAACGGCAUAACGUCCCGAGCAGGGGAUCUAGCAAUUGCAAUUAAAAUUUCACACACCAAAAUCGACACACACACACACACACACACAAGUUCACAAAUGUUCAAUUCUACUCAAUACCUAAAUGUUUACUUUUACCUUAAAAAAACACAAAACCGAAGAGCACAUUUUUUGCUAUGUAUCUCCAACGCCAUAACAUCCCGAAAUUUCACACACCAAAAUCGACACACACACACACAA